GCGACCGCUCUAACCGCAUUGAUGUAGAUGCAUCAUCGAAGAUGAACGGGUCCCGAAAACCGUGAACCGAGCUGCCCGUUCUAAAGAUGGCGGAGGAGCGCGCGUCAUAUGACGAAGGCGGGAAGUUUAAAUCCUGGGAGGAACCGGAAGUUAAAGUAGUGGAUCCGAGGCGCAGAGAAGUGGUAUGGCAGCACGAUCUGGGCGUGCUCGGGGUGGUGUUAUAAAGACGUACGCACGGCAGCGUCCUCUGCAGAGGAUUGAACCUCAGAAUUGUUUUUCUCUUGCGGAUCGGCAGCAUCUCUUCUCCAGCUCGUCCUCUCACCUUGAGUCUUCAUGUGACGCCGUUUCCUGUGAAGACCCCGACUUUUCACCUAAGAGGAAGGUGAACCUGUCCCGUAGAAGACGGAAUCGGAGGCCAGAGAGACGGACGCUUCCCAAGAAAAAGAAAUCUCUGCAGCCACCAAGGAAGAGCCAGAGGAAGGCGAGCUCCUCCACCCAGUCUAAUAGUGGCGAGAAGGAGAACGAUGAGUGGCUCCAUCCAUCUUCACCAGUUGUCGUUUCAACACCUUUUAAGUUUGUGACCUUUCGUCGUAAAGCCUCAGGUCUUGGGGUCACCAUGAAGCCUUUGAGCAGUAAACAGAGAAAGCAAGCGCGUCCCUUGCGGUCUCCGGACUCGUUAUGUGACUUUAAAGCUGAUGGUCUGAGGAAGAAGAGGAGGAUGUGCACAGAUGUCACCAAUCUCCUGAGCUCCUCGGCCGAGGCUCUGCCCAGUCCUCUUCAGAAGCCACCCCUUCUCUCCAGCACACCCUCUGUGAUGCUGACCGCUGUGCCCAGGACGGGAAAGGCCUUUGUUAGACAACUGGCUUUGUCUGAACCCCUGGAGGACAGCAUAGUCAUCUGUAGUGCAGACUCGGAGUCCUUCCAUCAUACGAAUAAGCCACAAAGUGAAGUCAUUAUCUCACAUGAAGAGAGACGUAACGUGUCUCAGGCGUCUGGUGAAGAACGCGGGAAAAACGCAAUGGAGUUCAAAACUCCCCGAGCUGACUCCUUAGAGAAGGAAAGUUUUGGGUCUGGGGUGAAACGCCUGAUCAUUAAAACGAGCAGUGACCGAAAGCUGCCGUCUGUUUGUCUUCUGUCUCCUGUCCUGGUAUCCUCUCCUGAGUCCCAGUCUGUUGUCUUCAUUGAUGAGGGGAAGUUGAAGUCUGGUUUCCAGGAACAUAACGAUGAUGUCUUAGACGCCAGUGCUGAACUGUUCUCAAGUGAUUUCACAUCAGACAACGAGGGGACUGCUCCGGCCCACCAGGUGCCGCACUGCAGCAGCAACUCCACGCUCCAAGAAAACAAGGUUCUGGUCAGCAGACGUUCUUCCUGGUACUUUAGUAGAUUUUCUCCAAACAAGUGGAAAUAUUUCAGAAGAAAACAUUUUCAGCCAUUUGUUAGAUUAAAUUCCCAGAUUGUGACCGAGUAUUUUCAGCAGAGGAGUAAAGAUCGGAAUAAGAGCAGUGACAUUCAUCCCGAUGUAUUGGUGGACACGAACGGCGUUACUGCGCUGGUGAUGGAGCGGUGUCGGAACAGGAGGCAGCCCGUGGUGAGUCUCGACUCUGCCGCAGUCUCUACGUAUCUUCUGAAGAAGGAUGAGGCAUCCAAGGAGCUGGAGAACACAGGUGCUCUACCCAGGAAUGAAGACUCUGCAGUGCUGGCCCUCGGCUGCCGCUCCCCCAUUUCCCAGACUAUUAAGACUCCCCAGGUCACGACCUCUGUGCUGAAGACAAAGAUGCAGAACUCUGUGGCUCCACAGACCAUAGGCACCGGCAGGAAGGUUUGCAUCAGUGGCUUCAGUGCCAAGAGAUGGGGCACGCUGAGGAAAAAAACAGCCACCAAAACCCAGCAGCAGCUCUGCUUCCAGGACCGGUCGAGAGAGGAUCUCGGUGUUGGUGACACACACUCCUCUUCUCUACUGUUCUCCUCUUCUCUGUUGACGUCGUCAUUCUUGAACUCGACGGCUGUCAUGAACCUCAAUUUAUCUACAGAAUCCCUGACUGCUCGAGACCCUCAGAAAGAUCAUCAGCGCUGGGCACGACUACGUGCAGCUCUGUCCCUCCACAGAAGGAAGAAAGUUGAAGCUGGAUCUCCUUCCAGUUGUCUGGUGGAGAGAAGAAGUGGAGGAAGGAUGCUGAUGAGCCCCCAGAACUCGUCUCUGCUCCUGCUGUCGCCCUUCCAGUCAUCUCUCUGCACACACGAGCUCACAGAUGCUGAGAAGGUGCUUGCCGAAUGUCAGCAGGACGAGCCUAUCCCCUUCUAUCAGUGCCUCACCCGGGAUCAGCUCCGUUGCUGUCAGAAAGUGGGGGAAGGGGUGUAUGGUGAAGUGUUCCGGACCCUGCGAGGGGAGCAGCAUGUGGCCCUGAAGGUCAUCCCCAUAGAAGGUUCCCAGAAGGUUAAUGGGGAGCAUCAGAAGAGUUUUGCGGAAAUUCUCCCAGAAAUCAUCAUUUCCAAGGAGCUCAGCUUACUGAGUGACGGAGAAGAGAAUCAGACCAGCGGCUUCAUCCAGUUGCAUUCAGCUCACUGUGUGCAGGGUUCGUAUCCACCGGAGUUACUUUCAGCGUGGGACACGUUUGCAGAAGAGAAGGGAACAGAGAAUGAGCGGCCCGACUUGUUUGGACCUGAGCAGCUCUUCAUGAUCUUGGAGUUUGAGUUUGGUGGAGAAGACCUUGAGCGAAUAAGUUCAAAGCUGCCGUCUGUGGCUGCCUCCCGUAGUAUCCUGCACCAGGUGACUGCCGCCCUGGCCGUGGCUGAAGAAGAGCUGAGAUUUGAGCACAGGGAUUUACACUGGGGCAAUCUCCUGAUUGAGAAGUCGCCAUCUUGCACUAUGUCGAUAUCUUUGAAUGGUGAGAUAUUUGACAUUCCCAAUGCUGGGAUACAGGUGAAGAUCAUUGACUACACUCUGUCUCGCCUGGACAAAGAUGGACUUACCGUGUUCUGUGAUCUGUCCACGGAUGAGGAGCUUUUCCUGGGAGAGGGAGAUCUACAGUUUGAUGUGUAUAGAAUGAUGAGACAAGAGAACCAGAACGUCUGGUCCUCAUAUAAGCCGCAUUCUAAUGUCCUGUGGCUGCACUAUCUGUGUGAUAAGCUUCUUAGUGAAGUGAAGUAUAUAAAGAAGCCAACAUCUGCCCCCCAGCGUCGGGAGCUGCGCCGACUGCAGGAUUUCAGGAGAGAGGUGCGACACUUUGGAUCUGCCACAGAAGUACUGAAGAGAAGUAGUCUCUUUAGGUGACCUAACCCUUGAAUGCUCCCAGAAGUUUCCUCCAACCAGCGCCACCUUCCUGUAAGGACUACUCCCGGAUCCGAUGUGACUUAAGCCUCUAUGUGCUCAGUUGGCAGUACAAGGGGAGAGCGCCAUCAGAUGGUCCUUGUGAGCUGCGCCACUUGAUUUUAUUUUGAACUGGUUGCUAUAAUUAAAGGUUCUCGAGUGUUAAUGUUGGAUCCUCCUGCUAUUCGGCUUCCGUUGUACUGGGGAUCCGCCAGUAUUUUAUCUUUUUAUUGCUGUGUAUUCUUUAUAAUGUAAAGCACUGGACUGACCCGGUGUAGAUGGGAGAUGACUGUCAUAUCCUUUGUACAGAAAUAAUUAGAAAGUGUUGGACUGAGGAGCAUUCAUGUCAAUAAAGCAGAAGUCUCUUCUGUGGA